CAGUUGUUUGGGAUUUUUGUUUAGUCUGUCAUCUCUCUUACUUGGUGUUUUUCAAUAAUCGAGUCGUUUUGUCGUCGGGUGGUGCUUUAUCUAUUUCGUUAAACGCGUUCUGUGCGGUGGAUGAUAUUUUUUUGACUUUUUUUAUUGGUUCAAUUUCAACACUCUGUUUCGAGUGUAUUCAAUCAUGUGCUUAUAACAAAAUAAAGCUACAAUUUAUCGUGUUUUUAUUCGAUAGAAAGGGUGCUCUUAAGUGGUUCGUUCAACGAUCAAAAAGAUUCGAACAAAAAAUAACCGAAAAUCUUUGUGAAAUCAAAAAAAAAAACAAACAGUCGAACGCGAGACAUUUUUGGAUUAAAUGUGAUCUUAGAUGACAAUUUUGUAAAUUGUUUAGUGAUGGUGUGGUUCUGAUAAAUAUCAACUGUGAAUAAAUUUUACUUACUGGUGCAAAGGACAUUUUAAUUGAAAAUAUUAUUUUACGAAAGAAGAAAAUCCAGUUCAAAGAAAAGGAAAAUUAAAUAAAAAUUAAAAUAAAAUCAAGGAUAUCAAUUAUAUGUGUUUGUCAUCAAAAUCAAUAAAUCAUGUCGCAAAUAUUAAUGAAAAAUCAAAGUGAUCACAUAAAACGUCCAAUGAAUGCAUUUAUGGUGUGGUCACGCGGUCAAAGACGAAAGAUGGCCCAAGACAAUCCAAAAAUGCACAAUUCGGAAAUAUCGAAACGACUUGGUGCCGAAUGGAAAUUGCUUACCGAAUGCCAAAAACGUCCAUUCAUCGAUGAAGCAAAACGAUUGAGAGCGCUUCAUAUGAAAGAGCAUCCGGACUAUAAAUAUCGGCCGCGUCGAAAGCCAAAAACUCUUGUAAAAACACAAAUACCGUCAAAUCAUCAAAAGCAUCUGCAUUCUCAUCAUCAUUUGAGCAGCGGUAGCAAAGAUUCACAAUCCCAUCAACAGCAAACACAUCCACAGCAUCAGUCAACGGCUCAAGUGCAACAUUUAUCACCAAAAUAUCCAUUCACCUCAUCAUUAGAAUUAACACUUGGCAUUCCACAUCGUACAUCGACAUUUCCAUUGAGUAGCCAUUAUCAACUGCCCGCCACACCGUUGGAUACAACGCUUGCCCUCGAUUUGCAGGCACGUCUUCAACAAAUGUACGGUUCAUUGUAUCCACCAUGGCGAUAUUUCAGCGGUUGUCCAUCGGCAGCAACAGCUGCUGCGGCUGCUGCAAUGGUGCCCAGUGACAGUCAAUCAUCACUAUCGCCCGUUGGAUAUUGUGUUAAAUCAACAAAACGUAGCCCAUCACCUGUAACCGCGACAAAUUCACUUCCAAGUGUUAUAUGACCAACUCCGUUGCGCUUUAGCGCCGAACCAACUGUCUAAGUCUUAUAUCAAUCAAAUAGAUAAUUUUUUUAUCGCGCACACAUUAGCCCAAAAAAAAAUAUAUAUAUAUAUGACAAACUGCCUGUGUAUUUUAAAUCGCACAUUCAUUGUGCCAUCGAAUGCAAUUUUUUUUUCUAUCACCAAACAAGCACAACCAUUUAAGAUGUACGAUAAUAUAUUUAAAAAAACAGCACUUUCGAAUAUAUUAACAAAUCAGUCAAAAUCUGUGGUAUACGGUCGUGAAGAACAGAAGCAUUUUUAUUGAGUCACUUCACCGUUUAUCACAGCAACAUAUUAUUGAAAUUUGUGGCAAAUUCACAAUCAAAUAAUCAGUAGAUGUUUUGUGCAACUCGUGCCGAACUUCGUAAAUUGAAAUGGAUUUUGAAAUGAUUGCAUCGAAUUCCGAUCUAAUUUAAGGUGAAUACAUUAUGGAGCAUUCUUUUUUUUUAUUUCAGUGCAAACAUAUAAUAAUUUUGCACUUCUUAGUGGACAAAAGGAAUAACGAAUGACAAAUUUAGUGAAAAAUAAACGGCAAUGACAAAUCGCAACGAUAUGCAAAGCAAAUAGAAGAAGAAAAAAAAAUCUAGAAUGAAAUCGUAAAAAGUCGAUGAAUUAUGGUUUUAAUUGUUGUUGAAAAUAAUUUGUGAUAAAACGUUCAUAUCAAUUGAAAGUAAAUGAAGCGACAAACAAAAAUUAGAAAAAAACAUGAAAAUAUCUUAUAGAAAAUCCCAAAGAAUCAAAGAUAAAAAAAGAAAAUGGAAAUGAUUUGUGUUUUGCAACAAUUUUCAUCAAGUCACAUACAAACACACACACAUCACCCCCACACACACAUUUUAGGGGUAAUAUUGUAAGUUUUAGAUAUACACAUACAAGAUCAUCAACAAUCACUCAAAAAAUAAAAACACAUUCGUGGUAAAAUAAUAUGAAUUAACUUUUUUCGUUUGUAAUAAGUGGUAAAAGUUAUUGUAUUAAAACAAAACAAAACAAAAUCGAAUUAAAAUAAAUUGUAUAUGCAAAAAUACGUUGAUAUGGGCGAAACGAAAAAAAACCAUAUUGAAAGUGGGUAGCCAUUGGAGACCAUACAAAGUACUCUCAUAAACACUUCAAAAACACAUUCAGUGUGUGAACAUUUUUCGGGAUAUAAAUUUAAUUUGUACAUGAGCCAUUCAACCAAUCUAUGUUAAUUCAUUUUCUUUGGCAAUUCCCCCCUGUACAAUUCACAUACAGUUAAUUUCCAUUGUUUAUGUUAUCGGGCACAUAUCACAACAAUUGGACACCGGGGCAUUCAUCGUAAUACAAAAAGCAACACACUCUGAAAAUUAGUUCCGUCCAUUUGACUCGAUGGAUUCUGUAAUUGUUGCAUGUUAUCUCUCAUAUUCAAUUCAUUAUAUCUCUAUACUGUAAUUUUGUGAAACACUGUGUACCGAUGGAACGCAAAAUCCAGUCAUGUUUUCAUUUUAAUUUGAGAGUUUUUAAUUAGAGACCGAAUUUAUUUCAGAAUUUAAAAACACACACACACACAAUUCAAUUCUGAUAUUAUGAUCAAUGAUUAUUAUUAUAACUGGUAAUAAUUUUGGUUUUCAAUUGUGUUCAAUAUUCUGUCCGAGAAUUAUUCGAUUUUGUUUUCUUUUUUUCUUUUUCACCAUUCUUUUUCACAAUCAUCUGCAAUUUUUUGUGUGUGUUUCAC